AAAGCAGAAACCAGAAUCAGAAUGGCUAAACUUGGAGAAUGGUCAAAGAAUAAACCUGCCACUGAUGAAAUCCAGGGGAUUUGCUCUGUGCUGAGGAGUUAUGUGGACAAUAUUACAAAAAGAACUUACAAGGAAUUCAGAGCAUUUGAGUACCGUGAGCAGAUUGUGGAGGGAAAAAACUACCUUAUUCGGGUUUAUGUUGGGGAAGAAGCAUUGAUUGAUCUGAUCGUCCAUGAACCUAAACCUCAGAAAACUCCUGGGGAAUUGUGGCUGAUUGAGUUUGACCUGAGGGGAAUCAAUCAAAACCAGAAACCAGAUGAUCCUCUAGAACCCUUUAAAGGCUUCAACUAAUGCAAAGAGGCGACCUGUUUCUAUUUUCUGCAGAUUGCUGUCUCCAAGAAAUUUGUUGUAUUUUGAUAUCUGCAGUCAAUUUAAACAUCCUCAAUUAACAAGACUGUCAUUGACACGGUUUACUCUUGUCAGCAUUGGAUGUAUGCUGCAAAAGCAAUAUAAACAAAGAUUUUAAAAAUUAAU